CUUUGUCUCGUUCGAACGCUUUAUUGCGAGAUGAAAACAAUCCUGGUAGUACAAAAUGGCUGACAGUACAGAAAAUCAAACGGGAGAAGAAACGGUCCUACAAACUAAUAUUGAUGAAGAAUCCAAUGAAUUAAGUGAGUUAAAGAAAGACCUAGAGGGCUGGAAAGAAGCAUUGAUCCCAUUGAACAGUUUAUUAGAAUGGGAGAAACCGUAUCAUCCAGGAAUAAUUGUCGGCACGACAACCUUUCUGUUUGCAUUAAUAUGGUUUGUGCAGCCUUCAGUGUUAACAACCUUUUCCCUAGUUGGUUUACUGAUUAGUGCUGUUGAUUUAGUUAUACCAAUGGUGGGAUCGAAAGUCUUUUCUACGGGUGACUGGACAGUAUUUCAUGAACAACAAUACCAUCAAAUAUGUGAGAGAAUCAUGAAUGCAAGAGAUCAUUUUGUUGAUUUCAAGAAUACUAUGUGUCAACUAAAGGCAGAAAAACCUAAAGUUUAUUUCUUUGUUGUUAUGGGUAUUCUGGUUAUAAAUGCCUGGAUUGGAAGUCUGGUUAAUAACCUAUUCUUAACCUAUUUCUUGGUUAAUCUGAUAUGUCUUCUACCUGGCUUGAGACGCCAUGAUAUUGUCAAGAAGAAUCUGGCUGUAGCUUCCACUAUUAUUAGUCGUCUAGUUCUUGGAAAGAAGAAGAAAAAUUGAAGUUUUUCUCUUGUGUUAAAGUUUGUUGUUGUCUGCCAUAUAUUUGAUUAAUCUAACAAUUGGUCUAAAAACAAAAUUGUGUACCUUUGGUGGACUACAUCAGGAAUGAAUCUUGUCUUCAGUGCACAAGAAGGAUAUGGUUCUUGACUGUGUGUAGGGCAGAUAAAGUUAAUACAAGUGUGGAUUCUUCAGAGCCUUAGUAGUUGUGUGUGCAAACCUGGGGAAUCGCGGCUACCAUCAAUCACGCUUGUUCCUAAAAGGUAUUUGUCGUGACAAAUAUUGUUUUUAUCAAGAUGUGCUUUUUGGCUUUGUGGUAUGAGAAGUGCCAAAGGUGCCAUUUGUUAUCUGACCAUUCUUUUGAACUAGGAAUGUUUAAGGUGUUCUCAUACUAAUGACUAGAAUAGUAGAAUCUCUGUUUAUAAAUAAUAACAUACAGUAGUCUAGGUCACUAAGUUGAUUGGUAACAAUAUCUUUGAGCUUCCUUCUACAGAAAGAAACCUCUAGUCGGUCAGUCAAUAGUCGUUGUUAAUAACAUACAGAGUAACUACACACUCAUGUGAUAAUCUCCAUUUUGUAUGUUAGUAAGCUCCACACCAAAUCAUUUUUGUGUAUGUUAUUUAUAAAUAUCUUGGUGACCUAGACUAUGAUAUAUACACUUAUAAAUCUAUAUUCAGGAUUAUUCAGUAGUUUAUUCGUUCGUAACCCUUUCGACUCAUUAUUGAUACAUUUAGCACUUUUAAAAGUUGUUUCAAAUGCAGAGUGAGAAUUAUACCCUUUAUCCAUUUAACAAUUGUUUCCUGGCAGUAGACCUGAAAUUAUGAUUUAGGGUUCUGCCUCAUUUCCUGGCGGGGGUCAUUGACCAUUCUCAAGUUUUGGGUUGGAAGGGUUAAAUCCUUAAUUUUUUUUAUUGUAUUAUGAACAGUUAAUCCAUCAAUCAAAAGCAACUGUGAUCUGUACUCUGAUUAAAGUAAUGACAAUUUCAAUUUUAUGAUUAAAGUAAUGACAAUUUUAUAUAUCUCUCAUAGGAUUAAAUUCUGUUCUCUUAAUGGUACCUACAUAUUUCAUAGAAUUUGGUGCAAUCUACUAAUGUAAUGCCAAACUUUAAAUAUAUAUACAAAUAUAGGUUUUACAACACUUCUUUUAUUUAUUUUUACCUCUUUGAUUUUACUGUAAACUUUCCAUUUUCUUUUUCAAAAUGCGUUUUGCUCAAUUUGCGUUUGUCUUGCAUUGUAGAUGUUUAUGUUUAUUUAUGACCUCUCUUCUUUCUGUUUACUGUGUUAUAUUUGCCUCUUUUACUUUCAUGGUUUUUUAAAACUUUGAAGAGAUUACUUAGUCCUGGUGUGUACCUUAUUAGUAUUAUGCUUACAUUGUCUUAUGGCAGUGGUGGGCAACCUUUUUAGGUGAAGGGUCAAACACAAAGUUUUGAAACAAAGUGAGGGCCAAACAAGAAUUAUUAAUUGUCAUUCUAUUGAAUAAAGUAAUACGAAACAAAGCACUAUUUCUGUGCUUUUUAUUCAGCUCCAAAGUUAUAUUCAGAGAAAAAUCAAAGCAUGUCAACAAAUCAAACAAUAACGUAAAAUGAAAGUAGGCAAGUGACUUCAAUUAGGAAACUAUGUCAUUGAGUGACAAUGCAAGCUAUAAAUAGACCUACAGAGAUUAUUGAUCCGCCAAAGAGUAACGUCUGUUUUGAGAUUGGGCCCAAUAAAAAGCAAUUUCGAUUUUUUUAAUUUCAUUUAGAGAUUAAAUUGCUCUGAAGUUUUCAGAUGUAGUGGAAGGGUCUGGCAGGCCGGAUGACAAGCCCUCACUGGCCGGAUGUGGCCCGCAGGCCGUAGGUUGCCCAUCACUGUCUUACGGGUUUUGUUUUUGUGUGGUGCAGUCCUCCUGCACUUACUAUUAAGGCCAGCAAAUCGAAACUUUAUUUCCAUUAUAUUUGUAUUGUAUCCAGGUCACUGAAAUCCAAAAUUGUUUUAGAAUUUCUCACAUCCCAAAAGAAAUCUAUAUGUAAGUUUUUAUUAAACAGAGUGUGUUUUUCGUUGCAUAUAUGUUUUGAAACAUAUCUUUUAAAUAGGAAAAACGUAUAAUUUGGCUUAAAUAUAUUGAGUAUAUAUAUAAUUAUUAAUUUUUAUUUAGAACAUUGAAUUCAAAUCUGUCAUAAUUUAUUUAGAAUCUUACAUGGAAUUAUAGCUAACUGGCUUUGGUUUAUACAUAUUAUUGUAAAGUAAUUUGUAAGUAAAUUUGCUUAUUCUCUAUAUAGAUGAAAGUUGUCCAUAUAUUUCUGUAGUUAACGGUAUUCAAGGUAUAAAAAUAGAGUUUUAAAAUUUUAUGAUAUCCAAUAAUUUUAUGUCAUUUAUUUAUUACUUAAUGCAUGAACUUGUCAUAAUUUUAUUAAAAUUUUUGUUAAAACUU